AUGUCAUCCACUACCACGUCCACUGCCACUCCCCCAAAGCAACAUUUCGAUUCUCUACUUGAAGAUGUCAGAGUUUCCAAAGCUGACUUCAACCAUAUCGUGAUGGACUACCUAGUCCGCAAUGGCUAUCCCUCUUCGGCUGAAAAAUUCGCAGCGGAGGCGAAUAUACAACCACAGCUUGACCUAGAUUCGAUCGCACAGAGGGUCAAAAUAAGAGAGGCUAUCCAUUCAGGCGAUAUUCAAACAGCGAUUGAAGAGAUCAACGAAGCGGAUCCACAGCUCCUAGACAAAAACGCAUCCCUACACUUUGCCCUCCUCCGCCUUCAACUCAUUGAGCUGAUUCGUCACGCUACCGCUAAGCCUGACGGCGACAUUACUCCAGCCCUUGAUUUCGCCACUACCUACCUUGCACCUCGCGCCUCAAUAAAGACCGAGUUUCUUGGGGACCUCGAGCUGGCCAUGGCUCUUUUGAUCUUCCCCCCAGAAAAUCUCACGCCUGUCCUGGCGGAAUUACUGCAGCCUUCUCUGAGGCAGAAGGUCGCUACAGACGUCAACGAAGCUUUGCUUCGAGGGGGCGGAGAGAGAGAAAAGGCUACAAUCUAUAGCCUUAUCAGCCAUAGAGCUUGGGCGGAGCAGAGAGCGUCCAAGGAGAGGAGCGACAGCAUGCCGGAGGGUCUUGCGCUAGGUCUGGAGCCUGCAAAUGCUGCUCGUGAUGCACAACGCGAGAAUGGCAGUGGAACCAAAAAUGAACGGGACAGGGAAGGGGAUUCAAUGGCAACAGGAUGGGACGUUAAACAUGGAAGGGCGGCAAAGGAGGAUCACAUUGCGCGAUUUCGAUCAAGCUGUUUCGAAACAGGCUUGAUCAUGUUGGAUGUGACAUUCCUUGUGCCAGACAGAUCAGUGGAAGCAAAGUUGAGCCGCGUCUCGGACAAUUGCGUGGGCGAGAUUACUCCCGCCCAUAUCACUGCUCAAUUCCAUCAACGUGCGGACAUUUGA